AUGGUGUUCGGUCCGGUCCCCAAUCGCGAGUACCACGAAGUCUUCAUGCGCAAAGCCAUCCAAAUGGCCGAGUUCGCGCUCGCGUCGGAUGAGACGCCCGUGGGUUGCGUUUUCGUGCACGACGGCGAGGUCAUCGGAAGAGGAAUCAACGGCACAAAUGCCUCUCUCAAUGGAACCCGACAUGCCGAAUUCGUGGCUCUGGCAGAGAUUGUCGCACAGCACCCACAGUCGAUUUUGCAUGAGACGGACUUGUACGUCACAGUCGAGCCAUGUAUUAUGUGCGCCUCGGCCUUGCGUCAGUAUGGAAUCCGCGCCGUGUACUUUGGAUGCUUGAACGAUCGGUUUGGAGGCUGUGGUGGGGUGAUGAAUAUUCACUCGGAUGAUGGCGUGGAUCAGCCGUAUCCGGUGUAUGGAGGGCUUUUCAGAGAGGAGGCCAUCAUGCUGCUGAGGAGAUUCUAUGUGCAGGAGAAUGAGAAGGCACCGGAUCCAAAGCCCAAGAAGAACAGAKAGCUGAAGACGGAGAUUCUGCCGGUCACUGUCACGCCUGUGGGGACAACGAAGAAUCCAGUCGGUACGAAGACUCUGGCUGGUGGAGCUGCAACAAAGGUGUCGACGCCUGUGCUUGGUGCCCAGACCGUGGUCGUACCAAUUGCGGCGGCCAACCCGCAGACGAAGUGA